CAAAAUGGCGGCCGAAGCUGCACCGGUUUGCUGCUUCCAAAGAAUYGUCCUCUACGAGACCAAAGCAAGAUUUUAUCUAGUCGGUUCAAAUAAUGCUGAAACUAGAUUUCGCGUCUUGAAAAUUGACAGAACGGAGCCGAAAGAACUUGUGUUGUCAGACGACAAGGUUGAAUACAACAGACAGCAGAUUAAACAGCUAUUGAAUACCAUUAAUGCUGGAAAUAUUAUCAAAACUAAUAAAUCAUACGAUACARCAACUAGAGGACUUCACAAGAGUAUCUCAGCCUAUGGCAUUCUGGGAUUUGUGAGAUUUCUAGAGGGAUACUACAUAAUACUCAUCACAGAGCGAAGAAAGCAGGCCCAGAUUGGAGGGCAUACRAUCUACAAGAUUGAAGACACUAGAUUGGUUUCAAUCCCUAAUGAGGCUGUCAUUCAAAAAUAUCAACAUCCAGAUGAAUCAAGGUAUCUUAGAAUCUUUCAAAACGUUGAUCUUUCAAGCAACUUCUACUACAGUUAUAGCUAUAAUUUGACGCAAACUCUACAGCACAAUAUAGCUCCCAUAAUAAGACCCACUUCUGGUCCCAAUGCUGGUGAAGGUUCAUGGGAAGGAUUGGGAUUCUGUACAUGUAGCCAUAGUAGCCAAGAUAAACAUUCCACAAGUGGUAUUCCAUAUGAUAAUGGACUACAUAAGUCAUGUGACAAGGAAAGUGAUUUAAAUUCAGGGAAAGAUUUUGAACAGAAAAUGGAAAGAAAAGAAGAAAAGAAUAAAAAGGAUUCUGAGAUAAACUAUGGCAUGCUAUCACCUGAAACUGAAAAAAAGGAUUCAGAGAAAGAAGUUUCUGAUUCUUUCAACAUUUGUAAUGAAAGUCAAACUCAAGCUGAAGACAGUAGUUUCAAAAAAUCUGUGAAUUCAAUAGACAUUUGUUCAGAAUGCAAGAAACUGAGGGGAAAAAGCAAAUCUGGAAAUGUCCCAACUGACUCAUCAAGGAAAAUAAGUAAAGCUUACUACAAGUUUGUSUGGAACAAGCAUUUGUUGACAGGGUUUGAAGGAAAGGUUCACCAGGAUUGGGUUUUGCAUGCUAUUAAUGGCUUUAUUGGGCAAAGCAAUAUAUGUGUCUAUGGUAAACCAAUCUAUGUUACGCUUAUAGCAAGAAGGUCAGCUGAAUUUGCAGGAACACGGUUCCUGAAGAGAGGAGCCAAUGAUGAGGGUUAUGUUGCAAACGAAGUUGAAACAGAACAAAUAGUUCAUGACGCCUCAGUGCUGUUCUUYGACAGUGGUCAUUUUACAUCAUACGUACAGCUCAGAGGCUCUGUUCCCACUUUUUGGUCACAGGACAUGAAGCAAGUUAUGGUUCCUAAACCACAGAUAAAUGUUGACCGUUCAGACCCAUUCUGUGUGGCAGCAUCAAGACAUGUCAAUCAACUGUUUGAAAGGUUUGGAGCACCACUGGUUAUCCUUAAUCUUGUCAAGAAACGAGAAAGAAAGAGGCACGAGCAGAUCUUGAGUGAACAGCUGCAGUCAGUUGUGGAUUAUCUCAACCAGUUUUUGCCUGUUGAAUUUCACAUCAAGUACAUUGCAUGGGACAUGGCAAGAUUUAACAAAAGUAAAGAUCUUGCUGUGAUUGAAAAGCUGACAAUUAUCGCAAACCAGGUCUUUAAAACAACUGGAUUCUUCCAUAGUCGACCAGAAUUUUAUUGCAAUCAAGUGAGGAAGGAUCCAAGAUGUGACAUGAUGGGUGGUCUGUCGUACAGUGAUAUAAGGCGUGGAAGGGGACAGAAUGGUGUCUUGCGGGUAAACUGUGUGGACUGCCUGGACAGAACCAAUACAGCACAGUUCAUGGUUGGCAAAUGCGCACUUGGUUUCCAGCUUCAUGCACUAGGAGUGAUAGAGACUCCAUCAGUGGAGUUUGAUUCUGAUGCUGUCAGGAUUCUUGAGGAUCUCUAUGAAGCACAUGGAGACACCUUGGCUUUGCAGUAUGGUGGAUCGCAGUUGGUUCAUGGCAUUCGGACAUACCGCAAGGUGUCACCCUUUACCUCACACUCGCAUGACAUCAUGCGGACAAUCUCUCGUUACUACAGCAAUGCAUUUAAUGAUGCUGACAAGCAGCAAGCAAUGAAUGUUUUUCUUGGUGUUUUUGUGCCUACCGAGGGAAUGUGUAAUAUAUGGGACAUGACAACAGAUUACUACCUCCAUCAUACCUCAACGUGUAAUCUAAAAGCACUCAAAAAGAGAAAGAGCUACACAUCUUGGCUGGAUGAGAAAGUGAUCAACAGUCUACCACAUCCAGUGUGGGAAGCCUUAUGUCUUGGUGGUCUUAGCCUGACAGCAAAGGAAAAGGAGUCAUUAUUUGUCACAUAUCCAGACUCAAUCAGUCACGAAGAGAUGGAUGUCUUUUCUGAGUUCUACAGGCCGCAUGAGCUGUCUACGUUCGAUACCAUGUACCAACUAACAAUGCAGAGGUCAUGCAAAGACUUCAUGCCAGCCAUCUGUACUGAUCACUCACCCUUCAUUGUCAGAGAUCGAUUUAUYAAGACUCCAGUUAAGAAAACAGCCCCUGUGAGAAAAGCAGUUGCAGCUGCACCAGGGCUCCCUGYCGAAGAUAGUAGUGAUGACAGUGACAGCUCUGAUGAUGACAGUUUUGGUUCUCUGUCACCACAGAAAAACUCAAGCAGUGAUGUCACUUUUGCAUCCUUUAAGGAUCUAAUGCCUUCCAUGAAGGAUGUGUAUGGCGUAGGACUAACCAAACCAAGUGAUAGCAGUUAUCAAAUGUAUGCAAGAUUUGCUGAGAUUGCUAAGGCUGCAGAAUCCAAUCAUGAAAGUCCAGUAAAACCUAUCAACUAUAUAAUUAAAACACACUUCUCCCAUGACUCUUUAAGACAAGUCAAGCUGCCGUCUGUAGACAAGUCCKCCAAGAUGCUCUAUGUAGGUUAUACACAGACCACUCGUCAUGGUAACAUUGGCAUGCCUAUAAACAGUCACUCAAUAUACAUAUAUAGAAAAUAUACUCAUAAUUCUCACCAGUAGCUCAUGGAUAAUAACUUCUAAGAUCAUCAUCAGCUGUGAAGUGUCGCUAACAACAAGAUUGGAUCAAAGAACUGUUGCUUGAUGAUAAGCCCUGUUGUAGAUGGAGCAAGAAAUAUGCAUCACUACACAGCAUGCUUUGUGGAGGAAGGAAAACCAAAGUACCCAGAGAAAAUCCCUUGAAUAUAUAGUCAAGGAAAAAUCUACCAGACUCUACUUUUGUGUGAUGCUGAGUCCUUGAAUCAAUCAAACCUGAGACCCCARAGGUUAGAGGUUAGCSUACUACUGCUAUGCAACCCUUGAAACCCAAGAUUGSGUUCCCUUUGUUUCUUACCUGUAAGCAGUCCACCUAUGAUUGAAAUAACRAUUGUCAAUACAAAAGCAGCCAACUGGAAACCUGCCUGUUGACCAGCGCUUCUCGCCAGCCCACUGGGAGUAUCUGCAGCUGUUUUGGCCAGCUCAAAGUACUGAGUGCUGUUAAACACAGGUGCACGGGCUGGGAAGACCAUAUACAAACUUCAACCAAACAGAGCAAUAAUGAUUUUGUUAAAGUUGGAAAACUCCCCAAAGUAAAUGGGUUUUUCACCCACAAGGAAUGGUUGAGGAAAAAAAGGGGAUGGGUGAAGGAUGCAAACAAGUGUAAAGCAACUUCUUUUCCUUCCCCAAGAGUAAGAGAUGAUAGAAGGUGAAAAUAGACUUACCCUACCCUAAAAGAAAUAAGUGAUGGAGGAUCCAAAGGGAUGGGUGACAGGAUGUAAACAAACACGAUAGGAGAUGUACUGAUCCCCACCCACCAAGUUCAGGCUGAAAUAAUAAAUAUCUCAACAAGAGAAAAUUUGUGAAAUGUUUUAAUUUGGGCAAUAAAAUGAUGCUGUAAUUUAUGGCCUAUUCUGAUCCAA